ACCUUGGGCCCAAAACGAAAACCCUAACCAAACUAUAAAUAUCAAUUGUCGCCUCAACCAGCUAGGGUUUCUUCCUCUCUGCAUCACCAUCUACACACAGUUUGCUCUCUUGCCUGUCUCUUCCAGAGUCCAGCAACAAUGGUGGCCGCCAAGAAGACCAAGAAGACUCAUGAGAGCAUCAACAACAGACUCGCACUUGUCAUGAAGAGUGGCAAGUACACUCUCGGUUACAAGACCGUUCUCAAAUCUCUCAGAAGCUCCAAAGGGAAAUUGAUUAUCAUCGCUAACAACUGCCCACCAUUGAGGAAGUCAGAAAUAGAGUACUAUGCCAUGUUGGCAAAGGUUGGAGUCCAUCAUUACAAUGGGAACAAUGUCGACUUGGGAACUGCAUGUGGAAAAUAUUACAGAGUGUGCUGCCUCAGCAUUAUUGAUCCUGGUGAUUCUGAUAUCAUUAAGACACUGCCUGGCGAACAGUAAAAGUAGAGUCGAAGUCUUUUUUUGCUCGCGAUGUUCUGUUUUCAGUUGGUUCAGACAAUGUUAUAUGAAAAGUUUUAUUUAGUUUUAAGCUAUUCUGUAUGAGUUGCAUUGCUUUUGGGAUUCUACAUUCUAGCAGAUACGCAUUGAGUAAUUUUACCAUCAAAUUUUUUCGAUAUA